UUCCGCCCUCUUUCACACGCCAUUUUGAACGGAACAUGUUAAGGAUAGGGAUGCAUUGUUAAAGGAAAUGCCGCGAGUGCGUUAAUUGUUCUUAAUUAUUACUACAGUGUAGAAUGGAGACCGUCUAUCGAGACAGGCGUGCUUUUAUCUCAAGUUUUCCGUCGCCGCUUCAGCAGGCUUUCUAGAUGAGUUGCAGUAAAUCCCCGCCAGCCGAUCAAGCAGAGGCAGACAGCUCCGGGGUCGGAUAGUGGCAGGAGUCGAGCUCCCUCUUUCGGUGUGGUGUGUCCGCCUCGGCAUCGCUUAGUCCGGAGAACCGGCUGCAGGCUGCAGGAGGAGGAGGGACGGUACGGGGAGCGCGCCGCUCGUGCUUUGUCUCUCAGCAAUUGUACUGUGUGAGGCGACUACCUCAGCGGGAAGCCGUGUCCGAGCCAGGUGGGCAGCAUGUUUCAGCUCCCAGUUAACAACCUUGGCAGUUUGCGGAAAGCCAGGAAAAAUGUAAAGAAAGUACUGGGGGAUAUUGGUCUAGAGUUUUGCAAGGACCAUGUUGAUGACUAUAAAGAGUUUGUGCCCAACGAAUUCUACGUCAAGAACACCACAUGGGAUGACGUGUGUAUGUGGGAUCCUUCUCUUACAAAAACGCAGGACUACCGGUCAAAGCCAUUCUGUUGUUCAGACUGCCCAUUUUCUUCUAAGUUCUUUUCUGCUUAUAAGAGCCACUUUCGUAAUGUCCACAGUGAGGAUUUUGAGAAUCGUAUCCUUCUUAACUGUCCUUAUUGCACUUACAAUGGGAACAAGAAGACUCUGGAGACGCACAUCAGACUCUUUCACAUACCCAACAAUGCGGCACGCCAGAGGACUGGGGGCCUCCAAGGGGCAAUAGCUGGCCUGAAGGAUGGUAAUCGCCUGGACAAGCCUCGAGACAGUGUAGAGCAGGCUGUGUACUACUGUAAGAAAUGCACUUAUAGGGACCCACUAUACAAUGUGGUGCGCAAGCACAUUUAUCGGGAACACUUCCAACACGUUGCUGCUCCGUAUUUAGCCAAACCCGGUGAGAAGACAGCGACUCCUAAUGGAUCAACAUCUGGUCCUGAUGCAGGCAAAGGUAGCAUUACAGAUUUGAACAGCCCUGCAGGUGCUAGUAACAGUAACAGCUCAGCCAUCCACUGUAAGCGCUGCCUUUUUGUGCCCCGUACUUAUGAGGCACUAGUGCAGCAUGUUAUUGAGGACCAUGAACGCAUUGGUUACCAAGUUACUGCCAUGAUCGGCCAUACAAAUGUUGUAGUACCUCGUGCCAAGCCUGUUAUAAUGGUGGCCCCUAAAUCCCAGGCAGACAAAAAUGUCCCCAGUGCUACACCGAAGGGAACUUUGGUAAAUUCUGGGCUGCGGCCAUUGCCUACACAGCAGCUGAGUCGCAUUGUUAUCCCUAAAGGUUUAAACUCCACUCGACUCUUAUCGGGCGUUAAUUUGAAGUCGGGUACGUUUGGCUUGAAAUCUGGCACUACUCAGGCAGUGUCCAUGGAGGGACAACAAGUGCGCAUCGCUUUGCCAGGCAGUGCACAACUCUCGGUGCCCCAGCAAUCCCAAACAUCCAGACCUCAACUUUCUUCUAACAGUCUGCGCAGCCCAAUGUCUGCAUCGACAUCUGCUUCCGUUCUGAAGAUUCCACCACUGACGUCACGAAUCCAGGCAGCUGCCGCUAACGUAACAUCUGCCGCUCCCAGGAAAGGCAUCUCUGUCCUGGGCACAUCUUACACUCAGAAAUGGAAGAUCUGCACAAUCUGCAAUGAACUUUUUCCAGAAAAUGUGUAUAGUUCUCAUUUUGAGAAAGAACACAAAGCUGAGAAGGUGCCAGCAGUGGCCAACUACAUCAUGAAGAUUCACAACUUCACCAGUAAAUGCUUAUAUUGCAACCGCUACCUGCCUAGCGACACGCUACUCAACCAUAUGCUAAUCCACGGUUUAUCAUGUCCACACUGCAGGGCUACUUUCAAUGACGUGGAGAAGAUGGUAGUGCACAUGCGAGGGUCGCAUCCCAAUGAGUCUGUGGGGGCACGCACUGAUUCCCCACUGACCUUUGAUCUGACCCUUCAACAGGGAAACCCCAAGAAUGUCCAGCUGAUUGUCACCACUUACAAUAUGCGGGAUGCUCCUGAAGAAUCUGUGGCGUUCCAUGCCCAAAACAAAUCCCCACCCACUACGCAGGGAAAUAAGCCUCCGAAUCCACGUUUCCCAAAGAUUCCUACUGAGACCCCAGAUGCAACAGUUGUUAAGAGUGGACCACAGACGGCUGUUCCCUAUAAGAGGGAUGUGGGCAAGACCCUUUGUCCACUCUGCUUCUCCAUUCUGAAGGGUCCUAUCUCUGAUUCCCUUGCACACCACUUGAGGGAGAGACAUCAGGUGAUCCAGACAGUGCAUCCAGUGGAGAAAAAGCUAACCUAUAAGUGUAUACAUUGCCUUGGUGUCUACACCAGUAACAUGACAGCUUCUACUAUUACUUUGCAUCUGGUGCACUGCCGGGGUGUGGGCAAAACUCAGAACGGCCAGGACAGCAGGGCUUCUGCAACUUCUAGGCUUCUCAAGGCUCAGGGAGCUUCCUUAAAACGGGCCGGCUUUCAAAACGAUGGCGAAACUGACCCAAAGAAACGCAAAGUUGGACCGGAAGACUACACUCAGUCAGGCCCGCUUGCCUUCGUCGAGCAAAAAGAGGAGCCUGUUGUGUUGGCUUUAAACCCAAAGGGCCAUGAGAAUGAGUCCUACGAGGCUCGCAAGGCUUUCCUCACCCGGUAUUUUAACAGGCAACCCUACCCCACUCGCAGAGAAGUAGACAAGCUAGCGUCCAGUCUGUGGCUCUGGAAAUCGGAUGUUUCGAGCCAUUUUGCGAAUCGAAGAAGGAAAUGUGUCCGUGACUGUGAAAAACAGAAUGUUAGUGUUUUGCUUGGAUUCAAAAUGCACCGUGUUAUGCAGUUACAGCACGUAAUGGACUUUGACACCGAGUGUUACUUUAAAACCAAUGAGAAGGAGCUAAAAAGCCGGACGUCUAGGGAUUUCAUAGGCAGAUCUGCCGGUGCAAUUAGACGGCUUAAGCAACAAGCUAUAACUAAUGGUGAUGUCCAGCAGCGUGGGGUGCCAGCUAGAUCUACUGCCAGUGCCUCACCACACUCAAACGGUCAAAAGGUCACUAGGGAGUACAGUUGCAAUGAGUCGGUCAAGACACUUUUGAAACCUGGGGGACUUAUAAAUUCCGAGCCCAUUUCUGUGGACUCGGACAGUGACGAUGAGAGAGAUCUCAAGGAAGCACAACAAAUGGACUCCAAGCUGAGUAACCAGAUAGUGAUAAAAAGUGAAGAGAAUACAAGUGACUCCUACCCAGAGGAUUCUCUCACUGGUGAAAAUGGUUACGGGUCAUUAGACCAACUGCAAAAACAAGGAAUGCCCAUAGACGAGGGUCAGUCUGGACAAUCAGGUACCUGCCUUGGCGAGCAACAGGUCUGAUAUUUAAAUAUGGUCAUUAAAAAAAAAACAAUGCAUACAGUUCACAUGCUACAUUUCCCAGAAUUCAACAGUGCUGCCUCACUUGAACUUGUGGACCAGGCUAAUGGGCAAUGAGAUGGGAUACUUUCGUAAACUUUCUGAAGCCAUUUUACAGGCAAAAAGUCAGACUUUUGAUAAUGUAGGGAUGAGUGUUCAAUUAGAUUACUGAAUUGGGGGCAAGAAGGGGUUUUUCCUCAGGUUAGGGAAAGCCGAUACAUAAAAUGCCCCCCUCCGAUCAGUAAAAUGUUUUGCCUUUAGUUUGUUUCUUUGACAAAAAUUUCACAAAAUACUUACUGUAUGUCUCGCCACUGUUAUGUGGCUGAAUGAGUGGUUAUUAGAAUUACAGGUAUUCCUGAAUUUCAUGUAAUCAUAUAGGUAGUGUAUAUUUGUACAGUCUUUUAGUUCUGUCUGAGAUGUUGGUGUAUGUGUGCUCAGAUUUGCUGAUAAUUUUGUGCUCACUCUAGAUGGUCAUAUGUUUAUACAUUCGUUCACUUAAUGGAUGUGGCUUUCGGUGGCUGUUCCUCAUGGUUAUUUUUAAACAAACUAUAGCAGUUUGCUAAGUAAUAUAUCUAUAUAUCAAAAGCAAAUAAAAUAACCUCUUUCUUUUUAUCUUUUCUGUUUAUAAUUGAAGUAUUCCUUUUUUUUUGGUGUUUGCCAUGACAUACCCUUUAGUCCACUGUUAAAGCAGUUUGCCCUGAUACAAUUGCUUUCCUGAGGUCGGAGCAAAGAGCCGUUUGAGUGACCUCCGUUGCGUUGUGCGUUGUGUUUUAAUUGUGCCCGACUUCAGCCUCUGCAGAACAGUGCUUGUGUUCCCACAUCACCUUCAGUAGUUAAACUUUUUUUGAUUGCUUUCAUGGAUGGACUCUGGAUCCUGCCAUUGGUGCACAAAGAGCCUUCACCAUCAAGCUGACUUUGUUGUCUGUAUGUUUUAGUUUGUGACCUGCAAUUUAUGUUUGUAUGUUUUGUUUUGGUUUGUUUAUUUCACUUAAAGCAUUUCUGAAUAAUAAAGUGCUGUAUUGUGCUUCUAUUAGCGGCUCUAACCCUGCCAUCCUUCUGUGAUUUAACUUCAUCUCAGGCCUUCCCUAAGCAAAAACUAACGGUAAUGUCCGGCAGCAUGAGGUGGUGUCGGUUAGAUCUUCUGCCAGCACCUCGACACACACUGUUGGUCCACCUGAGGGUACAGUUGCAAUGAGUCAGUCCAAACCAUUUUAAACCCCGGGGGACUUUGGGUUUAUCUCUGUGGACGUUUUCCUUUCUCUGUGGACAUCUGAUGUUUUGCGUCCUGUCUAGUUGAUUCCUGCCAAGGUUGUCAUUGGUAACCUGGACAUUCAUACUGAAAGUUUUCUACCUUGAUGUCCAGCUAGGCCUGACCAUGGCUAUUAAGGCUGGAUAUGUACACCUUAAGAUGGAUUUGCUCCCUUGUUAUAUAGGAAAUCUAUCAGUGCAUAAACCAGGGCAUGUUAAAAGGGCUGCUGUCUAACAUGCUGUUUAUAGAAAAGACGUGGGGCCGAGUCAAAAAACACUCAAUCACCAGAAAUGCCCAGAUUAAUAUUCAUUCAUUCACCUACAGUAACUGCUUUACUCUGGUCAGGCUUUACACCCACCUAUAUGGAGGACUUUCCCUAGAAGCCCUGGGUGUGAUGUGGGAAUACACCUGGUACGUGUUUGCAUAUAAGGGCAAUGAACCCCCAUAUCCACCAUCCCUACUGGCAUGUUUUUAGGGAGGUGGGAGGAAGCCCCUGCAGACAUGGGGAAAACCUGUGAAACUCCACACGGACUCAGGACUGAAUCGUGGGAGCCAUGGUGCUGUGAGGCCACUACACUACCUCCUGCGCCGCUUCCUGAAAUUAAACCUAGCAUUAAGAUGAAUUUUUAACAUUUUGUUGUUUUGUGCAUAUUGACAAUUUAUAGUGUAAACUGAAUAUUUCCUUUAAUCACCCUUUUCUUUAGUGUGUGUGUGUGUGUGUGUGUGUGUGUGUAGCUGGUCUAUGUGGUAGAUAGUUGGGACUGUGGACUCAUGGCUUCUCUCAGAGAAAGGCCUCAAAAUGGAGGAAAAGUCUAGAAUGUAUUCCCUCCCCCUCCCAACUCAAUGUAAUCUGCUGUGGUAGUGUGAGAGAGAAAGGGAGUGCGUGUGCGUGUGUGUGUGCGCGCGCGUGUGUGUGUGUGUGUGCGCGUGUGCGUGCGUGUGUGUGCGCGCGUGUGUGUGUGUGCGCGCGUGUGUGUGUGCGCGUGUGCGUGUGUGUGCGCGUGCAUGUGGAGGCUCUGAGAGGCCCGGCUGGCUGAUGGAGGCCCUUGCAGUCUUGUCUGCAGCGCAGCACUGACAUGGGGGAGGGGAGACAGGAAGUAGGUGUCAGUGAAUACUCUAUACUGCCUCCUGUUGUUGAAAAGGGAAACGUGCUGCAGAGGAGGGUGAGGAUACUGUGAGUACAAUUUCUGUCAGUAUCUCAUCCUCAGUUGGAGUUUAGACACCCGUUAGGUUCAUGCAGCUGUCCCGGGUUCAGAGUGGUCAGUGAUUCCUAAUCAAGCGCCCAUAAAUGUUAUCAUGAGCUAUGAAGAAAUCAGGUGUAGUUAAUGCAGGAUGAGGAACAUGAGGCGAGAGUAACUGUUCCUAAUGAUUACCUCAAGCUCAUUGGGGCAGAAGAAGAAGAAGAGGUCAGCCACUAACUACAGCUAGCCUGUAUAUCAAGAAAUAAAAGGCUUCUAGAAAACACUUGAAAGGCAAACAUGAAAGGUUUGUGUAGCACUUACUCGAAUGCUAGCACACCCUUUUGAUAUAAUUAGAGCUGAUUUAAUUCACAGCCCCUGAUUAAUGAAUGUGUCUCAUACAGCAUGGGCAUCAGCUGGAGUGGGAACAGGCUGUGUGAAAUACAGAAGUGGCUAAUUACAAAGCAGAAAUGCUAAUAAGCAGAAGAACCGGCCAGGGGGUGAAAAGUUGAGAGACUUGGUGGAAUAUGGGUUUGGUACUCGCAGUUGUUCUGUGGCGCUUUGAGUCCCAGACCGGUUUGUGAACACGGAUCAUAAGAGAGGUAAAAAUAUCAGCAGUUCUGAGUGUUCAUCUCUCUGUGUUGGGAAAUUGCAGCUGCCUUUCCUGUGGGAAUGUGUGAAAUUGUAGGAACCCCAGGCACAGCAUGGGGGCAAAAAGUCUUGUUUGUGUCACGACGUUUCUAAAAGUCAGUCUUCUUCAGUAUGUUUGGAACCGAGUUACACAACAUUAAUUUAUCAAUUAUGUACAGCCAUGAAAACCUGAGUUGUUGUUUUUUUUUUUUUUUAGACAGAAGUGUGUUAUGAGGAUAUUGACCUUUUUUAUUUGAUGCUACAGUCCUGUAUCAUUUGGAAAUAAUUCUUUAAUUCAUUUGAUUUCUAGAUCACAGUGAGUAUUUACAUAUCCAGGCAUGCUUGCACUAUUUGUGUUUGGUGUCUGAAAUGAUGAACGUGAUCCGGUGACUAUUCGCUUCUGGACCACCUCCAACCCUCGCUUUCCAGAUGUGCUUACUGAACUAAUAUAGACUUCUUUUUUCUUUUUUCUUUUUUAAAGAAGCCCAAACCAUUUUACCUUUUUGUGAAAUCUCACAUGGACUGAAUGUGUCCUGUGCUAAUUAACAAAUCAAUUCUGAUUAGUUACUGACUAAUUAUUAUGGCAAAUUUAUUACUGGACAUUGUUUUUACUUUUUAACUGGCAUCAAGGUGGUGAUCUUGCCAAGUACAGCUUUAAAGAAAUGGUCUGUUUUAUCAAUUAGCAUCCCAGUGUUUUGAUUAUUUUUGUAGUUAUUGAUCCCUGAAUGAAUGUGUUGGAGUAUGGCCUGAUUUAUAAAGCUUUAAAUCAUCCUUUCUUUCACUCAGUGCUGAAAUAAAACCUUAUUGAAGGACACAAUAAAGUCAUCAAUCAUUCAGUGAUUCAUUUAAUUUAUUCGUUCAAUUAUAUUUCGGAACAACUUUUUUCUGGUCAGGAUCACGUUGGCUCCCGUUCUUAUCCCAAGGCAGGAAAACCCAUUCACACACACUUUCACACCAAGGGACAAUUUACAAGUGUGUACCGUGUUUUUUUUUAGACCUGAAGAACCUGAAGGAAAUCCACACCGGAUCAGACCGUGGAUCCUGGAGCUGUGUGGGUGCAACACCGCCUCAUGUGCCACCCAGCUGUUUACAUCAUACCACAGUUUGCUUUCUGAACAUCCUCUUACCC